GAACAAGAGAAAGAAAGGUCCUGGGUGUGUGCAAAUGUGUGUGUGUGUGUGUGUGUGUGUGUGUGUGUGUGUGUGUGUGUGUGUGUGUGUGUGUGUAUAGAGUGCUAUAUAUUUAGACUUAAGAGGAAGGCAUACCUUUCUCAUCCGGCACAGUACAGAUGUAGAGACUGAGAGAGAAAGUGAAAUGAGAGAACAAGGACUGAAUUUUGCUCCACAGUGAUCAUUACACAGGAUUUUGUCCAAGCUGAUGAAGUACCCGAAGACCAUCUAAGUGGACUGAGGAACUUUCUGCUUCUAGACAUUGCACUGACCAAACUUCAGCUUGCCAGGAAAGUACUGGAACCUUCAGGGAUUUUAAUGGCAAAUGAUUUUAUAUAGAAACCAAGGACACGGACGCACAGAUGACAGACUUCCUCACCUCCCCCUCACCAUCUCCCCCUCCCCUCUUCUACUGCGACUACAGCGACUGGUCCCCCUCCUUCUCCAUCAUCCCAUCCGUAUACCUGCUGGCCUUCCUGGUAGGUUGUCUCGGCAACGGCCUGGUGCUGUGGGCCUACGUGGACCGAGUCGAGAGGAAGGGAACGGGAGACAAUGCUGGAACUGGAAAGCUCUGUUGUGCUGGCAUUUUCAGAACCAGUCAGCAGAAUAUUAACAGUGCUGGUAGAUUUCACCACGGGUCAUUUGCUCAGAAGAAGAAGGAAAACUGUGGGUAUCCCUCAGGACAAAGCUGCAGACCCUCCUCUCACUCCUCCUCCACCUCCUCCUCUUAUCCUCCCUCCAUCCCUCGUCCCUCACGCUCACUCACAGACUCUCUAAUAGCCAGCCUGGCAUUAGCUGACCUCUGCUUCCUUGUGACUCUCCCUCUGUGGGCAGUCUACACGGCGAUGGGCUACCACUGGCCUUUUGGGCAACCCCUCUGCCAAAUCAGCAGCUUCCUCACUGCCCUCAACAUGUAUGCCAGUGUGUUCAGCCUGAGCAUGCUCAGUGUGGAGCGGUACUGGGUUCUGACUGGACGCCGACACUCCAGCCACCAUGCCCCCCAGAGCUGCCCCAGCAGGGCUUUGUGGAUACUUGGAGGGGUGUGGGUGCUGGCGGGGGUGCUGGCACUUCCUGGUCUUCUGCUGCGCUCCGUGAGGGAGGUGGAGAUGGACCCUGAAUUUGAGGAUGAUUGGCAGCUUGAGCCAAUUCACCCUACUGACUCUAGAUCAGUGUUCCUCUCCUGCCAGAUGGACUACUCAAUGCUGAUUGGAGCAGAGAUGGAGGAGGCAGAUCGGGAGAGGGCAGAGAUGUGGUGGGCAGCCGCCUUGAGUCUUAAAUCAACUCUAAUAGGCUUCCUGCUUCCUCUUGUCAUCUUGCUGGUCUGCUACUGCUCACUGGCCCAGCUCCUCAACAGACAUUUUGGACGGGGCCCUCGUCCUGACCGCAAGCGCCAGCGAAGACUCCUCAGGGUCAUUGUCACUUUAGUGAUGGCCUUCUUCCUGUGCUGGCUGCCUCUGCAUGUUAAUAAGACUGUUUCCAUGCUGCUAGAGUUUGGUUUUGUCCCAUACUCCUGCUCUUUAGAUCAGAUUUUACUGGCUGCUCACCCGUACGUCACCUGUUUAGCUUAUCUCAACUCUUGCCUUAACCCUCUUCUGUAUGCUGCCUGCGACCCGUCAUUCAGGAAGAGAUGCAGAGGAGUUCUCCUCAUGUUGUGCAGGACGAGCAGGAGAGGAGGAGAGGGAGGGGAAGGAAGGGAGGGAGAGAAAGAUGGAGGAGAGGAAGAAAGACAGGAAAGGAGCUCAGCUUUUCCCACAAGAACGCAAGAGGAAACAGCAGAUAGGACGGAGGUGGAGAAGAUGGGGGAGGUGGGUGGAAUGAUUUCUGAGGCCACGUGAAUCAUGGCUUAACACCCAAAUAGCUGCUUGAAAUGAAAAUGAAAUCUAAUUUUACAUUGAGGAACCAGGACAUUAAGUCAUUUUGUUUGUUGACAGUAAAGCAGCAUUGAAUGUGAUAUGUUUUCCAGAGUGUUUUUGGUGUUGUUGAAGACAACGGACUGAAUUCCAAAGUGGCCUAAAUUUGGACUGAGAAGAAACUGUGUCAGAUGUCAAUAUUUUCAAAAUAAACAUGUUUUUCAAAUGAACA